AUGGCUCCUUGGUCGUCGCAACGUCAUGCUCCACCUCCUCGCCCUCCUACUCUCCGCCAAACUUCCGCCGACCUAGUCUCCCGAGUACACAGCCCCUCGCGCACUGCACCACCUGGCCAGCUGGGACGACUGCCCGACUAUGCGAUUUUGGAUAACUUGCACCUCCAAGCAGACUCAAGCUCUUCCGAAUCCGAUUUCCAUCCAAGACGCCCACGCCGUCCGACACAUUCCCGCUCCAUGAGCCACCCGUUUCCUUCGCUAUUCUCCAGCAAGAAGAAGCGCCCCGACACUUCACAUGACACCGAUUCCGAGGACGAUGCGCCCAUCAUGACGAAGCCGCCCGGCAGCAACACACACAAAAGAGGAGGCACAAGCGGCGGCAGCAGGGACUUUGCGACUGGCAAUUGCAUGACCUGCGGCUCUCUCGUACGCUGGCCACGCGAGCUGAAGGUCUUCAAAUGCACAGUCUGUGUAACCAUCAACGACAUCCACCCGGACCAGCUACCCGCCAGAUCCAACAGCGGUCCGAAAUGGCUCCAGCGGCCGUCGCAAGAGUCAACAUCACCCCAGAAACAACCCGCCCGCCCAGCAGAACGAUAUGAGACCAGGCCCAUCUCACUCGAGCAGACCAAGAGACUGAUCCGGCAAUCCAUCCACGCACAUUUAGCAAGGGCCAUCAGGAGAUCCUCGAGCUCAGAGGAUGAGCAGCGCGACAUGGUCGAAAGGCACACAUCCCCCAGUCCGUUUCGGGAACAGGGUGAACGGCCUUGCACUUUGAGGACGACGGGAACUCCGCAGCAUAGGCGGGAGAAAAGUCACGGCAAUGGCCCCAGCUACCUCUUCCCCGAGCAACCUACGCUCCGUCCACAUCCCAGUGUGCACCCGCUGCGUGCACCCCCGACGGCAAGGUCAUUCUCGUCUUCUUAUCCCGAGAGGCCCUCGAUGCGCCAGCUCACGGCAGACGCCAGUGCUCCCCGGCCGGCGGGCCCCAUGUUCCUGGAUGCCGACGAUCCGAAGAGGAUCUUCAGGCCUUUGGAAGACUACAUCACUACCUGUUUCAGUUCGUUCCAUUGCGUCAACUCUUCGUUUCUCUCUCGUCGGCCUGUCCCGGCAGUACGCUCAGGGAGCGAAUCUGCCUCACGGCGGCCCCCAAUUCCCAGGCCGGAGCCCAAGUUCGCAGAGCAACAUUCCGAAUCCCCCGUCUGUGACCUCGACCCUAAGCUUCUGUUACUUGGCGACUUCGCCGAGAACGGCACAUGGUGGACCGGGAACCAGAGCCAGGGUGGUACACGUCACAAGCGAUCGGCCUCACAGCGGUUAGAGGAGGCGCCGUCGUUCAUCACAUCUCGCUCGCCACAGGUGGAAUGGAACCAACUUGCGGAGUGGUACAGAUCGGUAAUCAACGCCGCGGAAUCAUGGAUGUCCAUUUAUGAGGAGAUGACCCGAGAUUCGGAGGUAGACCCUCUAUCAGCCACAGAGCUCCGAGCCUUGGAGUCCCAAUUGCUCUUCGGUCAAGACCAUACUCACAGGACUCUAUUAAAAGCUAUCGAAACACUACUCAAGCGUCCCGGGCGGCCGAUGACUGAUCCAGAGGACCUGAGAUAUCUUCUCAUCAUCUUGGAGAACCCACUGCUCCAUGGAGAAUCGAAUGCGUUCCAGGGGCGAGGGAACAAUGAUCGACGUCCGUCGUUGAAACGCGACGAGCUUAUGAGGGAAGACAGAUCGACCUUGAAAACUGGUCCCGUAUCUGGACAACAUUCCGUCAUUAUCAAGCGAAUCUUGGGCUUGGUUUCCAAUUCGUCGACUUCAUGCCAGAACCAUUUAACCACUUGGUUCGCGAGGUAUUCCGAGUUCAGAUUUAUCAGGAUCAAGGACCUCGCUGCUGGAUUCCUGACUUACAGACUCAUUCGCCAAAACGAGAAGAAACACGAGGUCAGAGUGGACAUAACAGCUGGGCUGAUCCCGAACAUGAGUGCCGGACAUUCAGCAGCCUCGCUUCACGCAGCGCUAGGAACGCAGCGUGGCUCCUCGAAGCAACAAAAGGAGCAACCGAAAAAGAUGGUGUAUAAUGAAGACUGGCAAAUUCGGGCCGCCGCGAGAGUUCUUUCUCUAGUGUUUGCGGCCAAUAACAUGACGCACAUUCGGCGCCCGGAUCAAACGGGAAAUAUGAGUAGCAGCACUCACAGGGGAGGUAUACAGGCGCAUGGGCAAAUCAUUCCUACGAGUGACUUUUACAACACCAUGAUUGACUACACCGACUUGGUAGCCGAGUUUGAGGCGUGGGAGUCGAAGAGGGGCAAGUUCUCGUUCUGCCAGUAUCCGUUCUUGUUGAGCAUGUGGGCCAAAUCCCAGAUACUGGAGCAUGAUGCACGGAGGCAACAGAUGACCAAGGCACGGGACGCCUUUUUUGACAGCAUCAUGACCCGGAGGAACGUCACACAAUUCCUGGUACUUGAUGUACGGAGAGAGUGCCUGGUUGAUGACAGCUUGAAGGCCGUGAGCGAAGUCAUUGGAAGCGGGAGCGAAGACAUCAAGAAGGGGUUGCGCAUCGUUUUCAAGGGCGAGGAGGGCCUCGAUGCAGGUGGUCUGAAGAAAGAAUGGUUUCUUCUCCUCGUGCGUGAAGUGUUCAACCCCGAGCACGGCAUGUUUAUCUACGAUGAGGACUCCCAAUUCUGCUAUUUCAAUCCCAAUGCCUUUGAAACUUCUGACCAGUUCUUCCUGGUUGGCGUUGUCAUGGGUCUGGCCAUCUACAACUCCACCAUUCUGGAUGUGGCACUGCCGCCGUUCGCCUUCCGAAAGCUUCUUGCUUCCGCUCCUAGUUCAUCCUCAGGGUCCUCCGCACACCCUCGGCCAACCAUGAACUACACACUGGAGGACCUGGCUGAGUAUCGGCCACGGUUGGCGAGUGGUCUCAAACAACUUCUUGAGUACGAUGGAGACGUCGAGGCGACUUUCCAGCUUGAUUUUGUCGUCGACGUUGAGAAGUACGGGACUGUGGUGCAGGUCCCGUUGUGCCCAGGAGGAGAGAGGAAGCCAGUCACCAAUGCAAACAGAGCAGAGUACGUCAACUUGUACGUCAGGUAUCUGCUCGAAACGGCGGUCGCCCGACAAUUCGAACCCUUCAAACGCGGUUUUUACACUGUUUGUGGCGGCAACGCGCUGUCACUGUUCCGACCCGAGGAGAUUGAACUGCUUGUCAGAGGCUCAGAUACGGCACUUGAUGUGGACGCCCUGAGGGGUGUGGCUGAGUAUGACAACUGGGGUGCGAAGAACCCUGAUGGAGUAGAACCCGUAGUAGGAUGGUUCUGGGAUGCCUUCAAGGAGGCCACUCCUGAUGCGCAGAGGAAGCUUCUCUCCUUCAUCACCGGUACCGACAGAGUGCCGGCCAUGGGUGCUGCUCUUCUUCCGAUCAAGAUCACAUGCUUAGGCGAUGAUGAGAACAGGUAUCCAAUCGCUCGAACAUGCUUUAACAUGCUGGCAUUGCGUCGGUAUGGGUCUAGGGAGAGAUUGGAGCAUAUGCUAUGGACUGCUGUGCACGAGAGCGAGGGCUUUGGUCUGAAAUAA